GGGAGGGAGGCCGGGGCCGGGCGGGGGGGAAGUGGCGGCGGCGGCAGCACGGUGUGCAGCGGCCAUGAGCAAACGGAACCAGGUCUCCUACGUGCGGCCGGCCGAGCCCGCCUUUCUCAGCCGCUUCAAGCGGCAGGUCGGGUAUCGGGAGGGGCCCACGGUGGAAACCAAGAAAGAGCAGCUUCCGCUUGCAGAUGAUGAUAGUGAGAACGGCAGUGACAAGGAGGAUGAGCAGCCUCAGGUGGUAACACUGAAAAAAGGGGACUUGACUGCUGAAGAAGCAAUGAAAAUUAAACAGCAAAUCAAAGAGGCCUUAAAGUCAAAUGAAUCAGAUGGUGAACCAGAACCUGCUGAUGGAAAAAUUAUGUUCAGGAAACCAGCCAAACGUUCAUCAGAGAAGCUUUUGGACUUCAAUACCUCCCCGUCUGCCCUGCUUUCCUGAGAGCAUUCCAGAGGCAGCAGUAACAAGGGUAGACAUGAAGACCAGGGGAGAAACACCACAGGUUUUUAGGUGAGUGACUGCAAUCUCCUGUAGGCUUCCUCAAGAUUUUGAGAACCUACAAAAUACCAGAGCCAGGCCCUGGGAAGUAACUUUCUGCUGGAGGAAAUGGAUGGGACCAGUCAGGAAAAUUACACAAAAUUGAAUUCUACAGUAUUUACUCUGCUAUCGCGUCUUAUUUUUUGUUGGAGGUAAAGCAACAGCUGGCAAAAGCAAGUGUUUCCUCUGUCAGGAGAUGUAAAGUGGCUUUGGUGCCAUUCCAAUCCAUAUGGCAAAGGAUUCCUUUUCCUUGACUCCUGUGGCAGUCCUCAGUGCAAUGCCUGAUUAAUUAAGGCCAUGGGCAAGAGGGAGCUACCUUGUAAUAGGCAGAAGUUAUUAGAGGAAGGUGUUGUCAAGCCUCCGUGGGGUAACGGUGAUCACUGCACGCUUUUCGUUUUGAUAUCAUGAAAGAGUUGUUCCUUUAGGGACAGCAUAGUAACAACAAACUUUAAAAGGGCAGAUUAUAAAACUAUGAGGAAAAUGGUUAACAGCAGGCUGAAGGGCAAAGAGGAGUACUUAAAAACCAUAGAGAUCUGCCUGGAGGCUAUUUAAGAACAUUGUAUUAGAGGCACAGAUGGUUUGUACACCUCUGAGCAAAAACAUAGCGUACGAGGAAGAAUGAAACUCGCAGGGUUAUGUGGGAGAAAAGCAUGAGUACAGAAAGGUUGAAAAUGCAUCCCUUAAAAAUGAUGACUGCCUGAAUGACAGACUAGGAAACAUUAUCAAGAGAGCGGAAAGAGCUGGAAUGUGUCAGUGCUAAGAAAAAGACUAGUAGCUGCUGACUUUGGAUUCCCAGGAUGAAACACUGAAAAGAGUGAUUCUAAUAAUGAUCUGAGCACUUUGCCUUUGAAAACUGGGCUACUGCAGAUGAGUCUUCACCAGAAAAACAAGGAUGCUCUUAACGUGCUCUUACCAAGAUCCAAAAUCUUAGUAAAGCCAAAGCAGUCUGAAGCAGUCUGCGGUUUUAAUAGGCCAAAUUUAAGAGUAAAGGAGCCCAUUCAAACAUCGUUUCUCUACACUAGGACUUCAGUUUCACCUUGUGUUAGAUUCAGUGCCAAAAUGAUGUUUUUAAUCUUUGCCAAAGAAGGUAGAGAAAAAAAAUUUCAAACGCUUCUAAAAACUCUGAUUUUAGUAAAAGCAAAAAGCCUACCUUUGUUCUGGUACAGCUUUGGGCUGAGAGGGAGGCUAUAUGAUAAGGACGUAGUGAGGUUUGCAGAGCUUUUUUGCCCCAAUGUGUAAUUGGGCAGAUGCAGCAUUUUUUUGUCAUGUUUCUGAGAACAGGAACACACUGAUUAUAAAUUAGAAGGGGAACAUCUCAAGUACCACAAAUCUGAUGACGUGUGCAAAAAAAGCAUCCUUGUGAAAUAAUGAAAGUUAGUUUCUGGCUUAAAACUGGGGAAAGGCAGGGGAAGGUUAGAACAACUAUUUUGGCAAUAAAAAUCUGAUGCACACAGUCUCAGUGGGACUAGAGCCCUGGCAUCUAGGCUGUUUUAUUCUGCCCUGUUAAAUUGAAACAAACAAUUCAGCUGCCUGAGUCUCUUCUUUUCUCCUCUGACAUGCCAACUAUCUCGAGAGAAGAGAUUAAGCAUUGUUCUGAUGAGUGCCGCAGCAGCAGCAGUUUUAUAAUUUAAGGGCUGCAUAAAAUUUAUGGAGCACUGAGAAAAGCUUAAAUCAAUUUUAUGGUUUUCAUAAAUUAUUGCAGGCAGGUGAUGUCUGUGUAGAAAGCCAGUGAUGUUUGAACUGUUUAUCCAAUGGACAACAACAUUCAAAAUAGGGAUUUUCAAAGGCACCUGUGGGAAUUACGCAUUUGAGUUUGAUGGGAGUUAGGUGGUUUGUUCCAUUGAGCUACUUAGGAUUCCACUAUUAUAUUUUAAUCAUGCCAGAUUGUUUCAAAUACUCUGUAAAAAAUCAAUAUUAGUUGAAGGUCAAAUUCAGAGCAAUUUUUAAAUUUCACUGCUAUUGUGCUUAAUGUGCUUAUAAACAGCAGGGGUGGGGGUAGGCAUAACUUGAAUUCUAUUUCAGGUGAAAAAACACUGUGGCACUUGAAGAGUUGACCCUUUUCUUACCACAGUGUAGUUUUGGGUUGUUGUUUAGGCCCCAUUACUGUGAGGAACUUUGUUCUCUCUGGGCUUAAGGCUGUUUGUGCAAGUUACUCUAGCUGCUACGGAGAAGGAUCUGCCUGUAGAGCAGAAAGAGUACAAUACCUGGUUCCUUGUCACACAUUUCAAGAUUAUGUAAGACAAAUAUGGUUCCUUACA